AUGGGACUUCCAGCUUCGUUGACACACACCCCGACGGAAACCACUCCCGUUAGGACACACUCUCAGGAAGUUGUUUCACCGAACUUGCCUGCUAUACCGGUUCUAGACCGAGUAUCUGCACAGUCCCGUGCGUCACCUGCUCCGUCACCAACGCAUACAACCUCCUUCCACCAAUCGCAGCCAAGCGCGGACUCGACGAGCUAUGUGCAAACCUCAAGAAGUUCGCGGCUUGGACACGAGCGAUACCCGAGCCAAGGGAUAGCCAAUGGGAGCAGCACGAUCACGUCUAGUUGGCCGCCGCAGGACGAGGAGCCAGAGAUUGUGCCCACCGGAUUUGACGAGGGUGUGCUACGGGCGCUGUGUGAGCUGGACUGCGGAGUUCCAUUACUACUCGAUCGAAUAAAGCAGGGCACUGUGUCUUGCAGGGAGGUUGCAACCUUCUUCAAGAAACGCGCCGCCCUUGAGGAGGACUAUGGCCGCAAUCUCCAGAAACUCUCACGACUCACUGGAGAGCAAUAUUCGCUGAGCGAGGGGAAAGCUGGCACUUUCGUCAACUCAUGGCAUUCUGCCAUGCGCAUACAUGAGAUUCUUGCCGAGAAUCGGAUACGGUUUGCCAUGCGAUUGAAUGAAAUGAGUGAUGAACUUCUCAAUCUAGCGAAGGAGGUCGAGAAGAACCGAAAACAGAGUAAGGAGCUGAGCAAUCGAUAUGAGAGGACAUUGCAGGAUGCGGAGGUUGCCACAGACAAGGCCAAAGCACGAUUUGACUCGAAUGCGGAGGAGCUGGAGCGGCUGUUGGUGAUGAAGGAGGGAGAGACUAUGAAAGAGGCGGGGAUAACACCUCGUACCGGUGAUAGAGGAGGGCAAUCCGGGAAGCGGGUAUUGGGGAAGGCCAUUAACAAGGGUGGCAUGCUGUUGAAAGGCAAGAACCCAGCAUCGCUAAUGCGCCAAGAGGAGGAUGUACGAAAUAGGUUAACAACGUCCUCGGACACGUACCGCAAAGCGCUCCUUGAGGCGCAGCACAUCCGACAGGAAUAUUUCAACUUCCAGUUACCUCGGAUAUUACGGUCACUCAAAGAAUGUUCUGAUGAGGUUGAUCUCGGGACACAAUAUCACCUUUCCCGUUAUGCACACCUGUACGAAAACACUCUCCUCACCGACGGGCAGGUAUUAGCACCUGUGCCCCACCCUGAUUCGACCAUUGAUGGGGCAGGUAUCAAAGAUAUCAUGGAGAACAUCGACAGUAGAGGGGAUUUUAAGGUGUACAUGCAGAACUACGCCAUUGCAAACAGUACACCUCGGGGACCAAGGAGAGAGGGGCCACCGGAAGAGCAAUAUAUAUCAUUCACUCCCACACAUGCCACAAAGCCGUCAAGCGACAAACUGACUAUGUCACCCGAGAAGAUUUCUGCGACGACGUUCGGUGUCGAUCUGGGAGAGCAGAUGACACGAGACAACGUCGAGGUGCCACGGAUCUUAGAGAGAUGUGCGGGGGCUAUCGAGAUGCAUGGGCUGCAGUCGGUUGGAAUCUACCGUCUCUCGGGCACGACAUCUCGAGUAAACAGGUUAAAGGCGUCUUUCGACAGGGGUAAGUACGUCGAGACCUCAUUACUAGACGAAGAGGCUUCGACGGACGUGAAUAUCGUCUCCGGCGCUCUAAAGCUCUGGCUCCGCGAGCUCCCAGAGCCGCUAUUCACGCACUCUCUCUACCCGGGAUUCAUCGAAGCCGCCAAGAUCGACAAUGACCGAUUACGACAUAUCCGGUUGCACGAGCGAGUAAACGAUCUACCAGACGCGAACUACGCCACGCUCAAGUUUCUUAUGGGGCACUUACAUAAGGUGCAGCAGCACUCGGACGUCAACCAAAUGCGGAUUAGCAAUCUGAGCAUUGUCUUUGGCCCGACGCUGCUAGGACCGCCGUUGGGUGGCAUGCCCGGCGUCGAGAGCGGUGCUGCAAUUACAGAUCAUCAAUGGCAGAGCCGGGCAGUGGAGACUAUCCUUGAGCACUAUUUGGACAUCUUUGUGGAGGACGGCGAGGAAGUACAAUAA